AUGGGAAAGCUUCGCUCCAGAAAUGGAUGCCUAACUUGCCGGAAGAGGCAUGUCAAAUGUGACCAAGUCAAGCCGAUCUGUGGACAAUGCCAAAAAAAGAACCGCCCAUGUCUACGAGUAGACUCUCGCAUGUGCCUCAGAAUCAAGCCUUAUCAACCAAGAAAGACUAGGGAAGACCCUAAGGAUGCUCCUGACCAUGAUCAUGAUGAAAUGUCACACCUGCCGGAACACGGAACUGCAGACGGAGUGAUUGCUAAUGCAACCAGCCCUGAACACACCACCAACCCAAAUUAUGCUGAAUUUCAUAACCAUCAACACGAAUAUACCUCGGUGACAUCACCAUACAACACUCAAGGCUCUAGUAUCCUGUCAGAACACACCAGCGACUCUGUUUCCGCGCCUCUGGUGGCAACUUCAGUUAACAAUACUACCACCUCUCCUUACUUCAGCGUGGUUGGAAUCCAGAUCUCCCAGCUGCUCCAACCGGACUCGUUAAGUCCAUGGUCUCCGGCUUCGCACGCAGGUGCGAUACAUGCAGGGUCUCCACUGACUCACAGAGAAGCUUACCUGGUACACCACUUUGCAACGCACCUCGGGCAAUGGCUUGACUGCACCGAUGCUUCCCGUCAGUUCACUCGGAAAAUUCCCAUCCUGGUCAAGCAAUCGCCGAUCCUGCUGUAUGCUGUGCUUUCUUACGCGUCCCGGCACGUCGGAGAUGCCGAAAUGGCCGAGCAGGCGCAUGAGCGGUGCGUAGAACUAUUGAUCCCCUUCCUGAACUCGGAAACGGUUGCGAACGAUGAUAUUCUGCUAUGUACCAUUGUCAUCCUGCGAGUGUUUGAACAGUUAAACGUCAUGGUAACCGGCAGCGAUCAGGAGCGUCAUUUAGCCGGCUGCUCGGCUCUGCUCCGCGCAUCGCAAGGACGAGAGGUGGACCCCUCGGCCCCGAGGUUGCGGCACGCGGCUUUCUGGGUGUACCUGCGCCAGUGCCUGUACAAUGCUUGUGUGCAUCAGCAGUCUCCCAAUGUGGAUUUGGACUUGGUUCUCAUUCCCCCUCCUUGCGGAGACGACCCUCUGAGCAAUUUGAAGUCUGAAACAGCGUGGGCCAACACUAUGACUUGGAUCUGUGCCACCGUAGUACACUUCUGCUUCGGGCCGAGUUACCCUGAGCCUUUCGCCAGAAUGUGCCGAUGGCAAGAGCUAUCCGAGGCCGUCGAGAGUUGGAUGAGCACAAGACCGAGUACUUUUGACCCGAUCUGGUAUAGCGAAGCCGUUCCGGGCAAUGGAAACCCUUUCCCAGAGAUAUGGUUUACGGCGGACUGGCAUAUUAUGGCAUUUGGUUACUAUCAUCUUGCCUGUAUGCUAUUGGUCAUAUACAAGCCAUCGCCUAAAUUCGCAGUCAGAGGGGUCCAUGGCACAGCUCGUGAAUCUGAUGUAAGCUUGGAUGUUUGCUGUGGUGUGAAUGAGUUCUCGUUGACGCCAUCAGAUCCGGGUCAUGAAGCACGCUCACGCAAUCUGUGGUGCAUGCAAAAGUUCCCCUUCGACGGUGCCAUCGUUGAUCACACUCUGUCAUUCCACUUUUAUUUGUGA